AUUCUAGCUUCUAGACCAUCUUCCCACACUCAACUAUACUCAAGAUGGCCGAAACAGCAGCUGUCGACUACACUCUGGCGAACCCGGAUACUAUCACCAAGUACAAGGUCGCCGCCGACAUCUCCCAGAAAGUCCUCAAGGAGGUCUCCGGAUGGAUCGCCGCUGAUGCCAACAUUGUCGAGCUCUGCGAGCGCGGUGACAAGCUCCUAGACGAGGAGGUCGCCAAGGUCUACAAGGGCAAAAAGGUCCUUAAGGGCAUUGGACACUGCACCACCAUCUCGCCGAGCGCCUACAUCACCCCGUACACACCACUCAAGACCGAUGCCGAGGAAGCCGCCGUGACACUGAAGGAGGGAGAGGUUGUCAAGAUCCAGCUGGGUGCCCAGAUCGAUGGCUUCUGCGCCAUCGUUUGCGACAAUGUCAUUGUCGGAGCUGCCGACGAGGUCACCGGAAAGGAGGCAGAUCUCAUUCUGGCUACACACUACGCGAAUGAGCUUCUGCUGAGGUUGAUGGUACCCCCAGGCUUGGUUGCCCAUGGCGAUGAGGAGGAGCAAAAGAAGGCUGCGUCAAAGAAGGCCUACACUCAGAGCCAAAUGACCAACAUGCUUGAGAAGGUUGUCAAGGCGUACGGUUGCAACCUCGUCGAGAGCACCACCAUCUGGCAAUUCGACCACAACGAGAUCGAGUCCAAGAAGAAGAUCAUUCUUGCGCCCGGCGAGGGUGUCCGAGGAGACGGUCUCCCUGAGGUCGGCGAAGUGUGGGGUGUUGAGAUGGGUGUCAGUCUCGGAAGCGGCAAGGUCAAGAGCAACAGCAACAGGACCACUCUACACCGACGUACAGCCACCACUUACCAGCUCAAGCGCCCUACCUCGCGAAGCCUGUUGUCUGAAGUUGUCAAGAAGUUCGGCACCUUCCCCUUCAGUUUGCGCCAGCUUGAGGACGAGAAGGCUGCCAAGGUUGGUGUUGUCGAGUGUGUCCGCACAGGUGUGCUCCGCCAGUACGAAGUCGUCGUUGAUAAGGACAACCAGCCCGUAGCUAGGUUGUUCAGCACUGUUGCGAUUACCAAGAACGGCAUGCAGCGCCUGGCUCAACCCGCUGGCAUCGACACCUCUAAGUACAAGUCUGACAAGAAGAUUGAGGACGAGGAGAUCCUCAAGAUUCUCGAACAGCCCAUUGGAAAGACUUCGACAAAGAAGAACAAGAAGAAGAAGAAGAAGCCCGCCAAGAAGGCCGCUGACGGCGGUGCUGCUCCUGCCGAAGAGGAGGAGGAGUGACGACGAGGAGUAGACGCAGCUUGCGAAGACCUUGACGCCAUACGCGCCUCUCGACUAUGCGCCUGGAUGACACGGACUUUUUGGUGACUGCAAAAAACGGCAGGAUCGGAAAGAAAAUCGGCAAAAGACCUAGGUCUGAUGUACUUUGUCUUGUGCUCGUGCACAUGAUUAAGUAGAAGCGAUAACAAUCCCAAAAAAAACAGACACCUAUUCACCGGCCAGCAUUUGUCGCUUCUUAUGCGUGAUGUUGACGAAUGCAGAAUCUGGUAGCUAACGCGCGCGCAUUCAAGGAGUUACGGACGGCUCACGGACUGAGAUCGUUCCAGGCGGUCUGGGGCGUCUUUGGCAGUCGAACACAGCUUCAUCCCCUUCAUGUUUAAGCGAACGUGGACGCGACAUACAUACACGUCAUUUCAGGAGGGGCCUUAUGUUUUCGAGGUACUCAUAGCGAAGGGUGGAGUGGAUGUCGGGCGACUUCGCGUCCU